AUGGUGUUAUCGUCAAGUAAAAAGAUCACUAUUGCUGUUGAAGGAAAUAUUGGUUCAGGAAAAAGUACAGUACUAGAUCAUCUUAGUAAAUCAUCAUUAUGUGACAUCAUUGCGGAACCAAUUGAAAGUUGGACAAAUCUCAAAGGAGAUAAUCUUCUAGCAAUGGUUUAUAAUGAUCCUCAUCGAUGGGGUUUUGCAUUUCAAGCAAAUGCUCAAAUGACACUGGCAAAAUUACAUGCACAACCGUCAAAAUUCCCUGUAAAAAUCAUGGAACGAUCGAUCUAUAGUGCAAGAUAUUGUUUUGUUGAAAAUCUUUAUCAAAAUAAAAUUCUUCAGAAUGUUGAAUAUACAAUUUUAAAAGAUUGGUUUCAAUUGCUUACAUCGAAUGAUGCUUGUCAUCUUGAUCUAAUCAUUUAUCUUCGAGCAAACCCAGAAACAUGCCUUGAACGUAUUAAAUCUCGUAAUCGACCUGAAGAACAGUCAAUAACUCUUGAUUAUUUGCAACAAUUACAUGAACGUCAUGAAGAAUGGCUUUCAUCUGAAAUUCGUACAUUAACAACACCUGUACUUAUUGUUGAUGCUGAUCAAACAAAAGAUGAUGUUUAUGCUGCUACAAAUACUCAUGUGUUAAAUCUUGCUACUUGUUGA